CUGGCCAAUAGUGGGAUUCGAUGUGCUGGUGGAGACGUCUCUUGUGCGUCCGCCCAAUAGUAAAUCAAGGACAGUCGUUUAUUUGCAUAAGGUAUCUAUAAAUACAGCAGUUGGGGGGGGGGGUAGUUCGUGUUAUUCAGGCUGAAUUGCAGUAGGUGUGUAAGUGAGAGAAGCACGUGGUAAAGCAGAAGUUGUCGAAAAUGCCUGAACCAGCAAAAUCUGCUCCCGCUCCUAAGAAAGGAUCUAAGAAAGCUGUGACUAAGGUCCAAAAAAAGGGGGAUAAGAAACGUAGGAAGAGCAGGAAAGAAAGUUAUUCCAUCUAUGUCUACAAAGUGCUGAAACAAGUUCAUCCGGAUACUGGCAUCUCCUCCAAGGCUAUGGGUAUAAUGAACUCUUUUGUAAAUGACAUCUUCGAGCGUAUUGCUGGGGAGGCGUCUCGCCUGGCACAUUAUAACAAGCGAUCAACCAUCACUUCCCGGGAGAUCCAGACCGCUGUAAGACUGCUGCUGCCGGGCGAGUUAGCCAAACACGCUGUGUCUGAGGGCACCAAGGCUGUCACCAAGUACACCAGCUCUAAGUAAAUGGUUUACUAAUUGACCACUUAAUCUAUAACCCAAAGGCUCUUUUAAGAGCCCUCCAUCUUUUCAAUGAAAGAGCUCUAUUAUCAUUAACAGCAUUAUGUGUUCCCCAAACUACAUUGAGUAUUUUAAAAACAAGAGGCUUAAUAUGUUGGAAGAAAUAGGAA